ACUUGGGCUGGGGCGGGCACCCACAGAGCGGGCUCCAGCGGGAGACAGGCCAGGCCGAGAUGCAGCUGCUGCUGCUCGCGCUUCUGCUGCUGCCCCAGGCGCCCGGGUCCUCGGCUCCCAGGGUGAGGCGGCAGAGUGACACCUGGAGCUCCUGGGGCAGCUGGAGCCCUUGCAGCCGGACCUGUGGAGGGGGCGUCAGCUUCCGGGAGCGCCCCUGCUACUCCCAGAGGAGAGAUGGGGGCUCCGGCUGCGUGGGCCCCUCCCGGAGCCACCGCUCUUGCCGCACCGAGAGCUGUCCCGACGGGGCCCGCGACUUCAGGGCGGAGCAGUGCGCCGAGUUCGACGGCCAGGAGUUCCAGGGGCGGCGGUACAAGUGGCUGCCGUACUACGGCGCCCCAAACAAAUGUGAACUGAACUGCAUUCCCAAGGGGGAGAGCUUCUACUACAAGCACAGGGAGGCCGUCAUAGACGGGACACCCUGCGAGCCUGGCAAACGGGACAUCUGCGUGGAUGGCAGCUGCCGGGUUGUCGGCUGUGACUACAACCUGGACUCGUCGAAGCAGGAGGACAAGUGUCUGCAGUGUGGUGGUGAUGGCACGACCUGCUACCCCGUCACAGGCGUCUUUGAUGCCAAUGACCUCAGCAGAGGCUACAACCAGAUCCUCAUAGUUCCCGUGGGGGCCACCAGCAUCCGCAUUGAGGAGGCGGCCGCCAGCAGGAAUUUCCUGGCGGUGAAGAGCGUCCGUGGUGAAUACUACCUCAACGGGCACUGGACCAUCGAGGGCGCCCGGGCCCUACCUGUGGCCAGCACCGUCCUGCACUAUGAGCGGGGAGCUGAGGGGGACCUGGCGCCCGAGCAGCUCCACGCCCGCGGCCCCACCUCAGAGCCCCUGAUCAUCGAGCUCAUCAGCCAGGAGCCCAACCCUGGCGUGCGCUUCGAGUACCACCUGCCCCUGAGCUCCCCCCGGCCCGGCUUCAGCUGGAGCCAUGGCUCGUGGGGCGACUGCAGCGCCACGUGUGGUGGAGGUCAGCAGACCCGCCCAGUGUUCUGCAUCAUCGACAAUGAGGUCUACCCCGAACACCUGUGCCGGCACCAGCCGCGGCCGGCUGACCGCCGCCCCUGCAGCCCUCAGCCCUGCCCACACACCAAGCGCUGGAAGGCGGGGCCCUGGACUCCCUGCUCAGCCUCCUGUGAGGGCGGCUCCCAGUCCCGCACCGUCUACUGUGUCUCGUCUGAUGGCGCCGGCGUCCAGGAGGCUGCUGAGGACACCGAGUGUGCGGCCCUGCCUGAGAAGCCCCCUACCACGCAGGCCUGCAACCUGCAGCGCUGCACAGCCUGGAGCGCGGAGCCCUGGGGCGAGUGCUCUGUCAGCUGUGGCGCCGGGGUCCGGAGGCGGACUGUCACCUGCCGGGGUGGCGAGGGGUCUCUGCUCCACGCCACAGCGUGCUCCUUGGAGGACCGUCCCCCCCUCACUGAGCCCUGUGUGCAUGACAGCUGUCGCCCGCUCAGUGACCAGGCCUGGCAUGUAGGCGCCUGGGGUCUAUGCUCCACGAGCUGCAGCUCGGGCACUCGGAGGCGCCAGGUGGGCUGCGCCAUUGGCCCGCCCGGCCUCUGUGGGAGCCUGCAGCCCUCCAGGCCUGCGGAUGUGGAGCCCUGUAACACGCAGCCCUGCCAUCUUCCUCCAGAAGUCCCCAGCAUGCAGGACAUGCACACCAGCCCCAGGGACCCGUGGAUGUCUCUGGGCCCACAGGAGGCCCCCACCUCAGAUUUCAGAGACCAGUGGUGGGCACCCCAGGAGCAACCCUCAGCUCGGGGUAACCCCAGAGGCGACCAGAGCCCACACCUGCCAGCCCCGGGCCCAGCCCCAUCUCUGCGGCAUUCCUCACACCGGCAGCCCCUGCGGUCUGGCUUGGGGCCCCGUGACUGCAGACACAGCCCCCAUGGGUGCUGCCCCGAUGGCCACACUGCGUCUCUUGGGCCGCAGUGGCAAGGCUGCCCGGGGGCCUCAUGUCAGCAGAGCAGGUUCGGGUGCUGUCCUGACGGGGUGUCUGUGGCCGAGGGGCCCCAUCAGGCUGGCUGUGCGAGCUCUUAUGGACGCAGCAACACCGGGAGCAGGCCACAGUCGAGAGAGGUGGCUUCCACGGCCCAGCAGAAUGAGCCCAGUGAGUGCCGGGUCUCCCAGUUCGGCUGUUGCUACGACAACAUGGCCUCUGCGGUGGGCCCUCUUGGGGAAGGCUGUGUGGGCCAGCCCAGCUACAUGUACCCUGUGCGGUGCCUACUGCCCAGUGCCCAUGGCUCCUGCACGGACUGGGCCGCCCGCUGGUACUUCAUCGCCUCCGUGGGCCAGUGUAACCGUUUCUGGUAUGGUGGCUGCCAUGGCAACGCCAAUAACUUUGCCUCAGAGGAGGAGUGUGUGAGCAGCUGCCGGGGACCCCAACAUGGGCCCCGCCAACACGACCCCGGGGCCUCUGGCCAAAGCACCCAUAGAGACAGUGGUGGCAGCAGUCCUGGGGACCAGCAGGAGGCCAGCCGGCACGGGGCGGGGCCUGUUGUCCAGAGAAAGCCCUUGCCUUCCGGUGGCCUCUGGAGGCAAGAUCAAGAGCCUGGGCCGGGGGCCGUGGACCACAGACAGGCCUUUGGAGAAGGGCCCCAGGGCCAGGAGCUUGGGCCCAGUGCCGCUGGACUGGGCGGAGACGCAGGACCACCAGUGCCACCUUCCCACAGCUCCUCCUACAGGAUCACCCUGGCAGGCUCGGAGCUCUCCCUGGUACAGGUGGCCUUGGGGCAGCUGGUGCGGCUCUUCUGCCCAGAUGACAGCUCCCUGGACCCCCACGCCAGGUGGCAGAAAGACGGGCGGCCUAUCUCCUCUGCCAGGCACCAGCUGCAGCCCGAUGGCUCCCUGGUCAUCAGCCCCCUGCGGGCAGAGGACACUGGCACCUACAGCUGUGGCAGCACCAGGCCAGACCGUGGCUCUCAGAAGAUCCAGCUUCGCAUCACAGGGGGUGACGUGGCCGUGAUUCCUGAGGCUGAACCAAGGCACUUCCCUCAGGCCAGGGACCCAGCCCAGGGCCACAGUCCUCGGGACCCCAGCCUAGGGGGCGGUUCUGGGGGCCGGGGGGCCGUCUCCUCCUCGCACCCAUGGCCCACGAGCAGGCUGCGUCUGGACCGGCACCAGCCUGGGGUGGUGGACGCCCAUCCAGGCCAGCAGAUCCGGCUGACCUGUCGUGCUGAGGGCUUCCCACCCACAAGCGUCGAGUGGCAGAGAGAUGGGCAGCCCCUCUCUUCUCCCAGACACCAGCUGCAGUCCGACGGCUCCCUGGUCAUCAGCCGCGUGGCUGUGGAAGAUGGAGGCUUCUAUACCUGUGUUGCAGUCAACGGGCAGGACCGAGACCAGCGCUGGGUCCAGCUCAGAGUUCUGGGGGAGCUGACAAUCACAGGGCUGCCCUCUACGGUGAUGGUGCCAGAAGGUGACACGGCCAGGCUGCUGUGUGCGGUGGCGGGCGAAAGCGUGAACAUCAGAUGGUCCAGGAAUGGGCUGCCGGUGCGGGCCGAUGGCCACCGUGUCCACCAGUCCCCGGAUGGCACACUGCUGAUCCACAACCUGCAGGCCAGGGACGAGGGCUCCUACACAUGCAGCGCCUACCGUGGAAGCCAGGCAGUCAGCCGCAGCACCGAGGUGAAGGUGGUCCCGCCGGCACUGGCCACCGUGCCGAGGGACCCUGGCAGGGAGUGCAUCGACCAGCCGGAGCUGGCCAACUGUGAUUUGAUCCUGCAGGCCCGGCUCUGCGGCAAUGAGUACUACUCCAGCUUCUGCUGUGCCAGCUGUUCCCGGGUCUAGCCUCCUGCUCAGCCCAUCUGGCAGCAGGGCUACAACUCACAGGGCUGGGAGAAGGGAAGACAGGCUCUCGGUCUCCCCUGUCUGGCUGGCAAAGGGAGUUCUCCUCCGGAGACACUGGCCUCUUCAAAGCUGCUCCGGCAGUUGAGCACCAGCGGCAGCCUCCCUCUGUAGUCCCAGCAGUGUUUGCUUCUCUGACGUACCACAA